ACGUCACGUAGAGACUGUGGAGGAUCCGCAUUGUCCUCGCGCACAAAUGAGAGCACGUUAAUCAGUAAUGAGUUUAAUAAGGUGUCGUGCGUCCGGGUGUCUGUAUAAGCGUGUCAGCUGACCCGCAUGACAGAACUUUUCAGCUUUUCGAGUUAGCGUAGGUUGUCUUCUUAUCAUGGCUGUGACACUCUGUGUUGUUUUCAUACUUCUGUUUUUUUUUCACGGCAGUGAUGGGAACCUGAGCUUUGCCUCCUACUAUGGAGACCACAUGGUGCUGCAGAAGUCUCCAGACAGAGCAGUGUUGUGGGGAUUUGGUCCUGAGAGUGAGCAGGUCACCGUCUUCUUAUCAGGACCAGUGACACAGAAAACUUUGGUCACUGUCACGGGAGGCAUCUGGCGAGUCACUCUAGACCCUGUCGAUGCUGGUGGUCCCUACAAUGUGACAGCAAGUUCUUGGAGCAGCACAGCUACACUGACAGAUGUGCUGUUUGGUGAUGUCUGGCUCUGUGGAGGGCAGAGCAACAUGUACUUUAAAAUGUCUCAGAUUUUCAAUGCAUCAGAGGAACUGGCCCUCUCAGCUAAGUAUCCUCAUGUGAGGCCUUUCAUGGUAGCCUUGAACAGGAGUGAAAUUGAGCUGCCUGAUCUGAUUCAAGUGGAACUCCCCUGGUUUGAGCCCACAGCAACUGUCCUCGCAGAGUUUUCUGCAGUCUGCUGGCUCUUUGGACGUUACAUGUAUGACAACUUGAACUACCCCAUAGGACUGGUGGAGUCCUGUUGGGGAGGCACACCAGUCGAAGCCUGGUCAUCUACAAGAGCCCUGCAGAAGUGUGGACUGGAAAAAACUGAAGACAGAUCUCUCAGUCAUAUAGAGAAAAAUUCUGUUAUGUGGAAUUCAAUGAUCCAUCCACUGCUCAAUAUGACCAUCAAAGGAGCCAUCUGGUACCAAGGUGAGGCAAAUGCAGUCUAUCAUCAGGACAACUACAACUGUUCCUUCCCCGCUAUGAUUGAUGACUGGAGGAUGGCAUUUCAUCUCGGCUCAGGGGGACAGACAGCUCUCGACUUUCCCUUUGGGUUUGUCCAACUGUCCACCUACCAAAAACACUCCACAGAUGACGGCUUUCCAAACAUCCGCUGGCACCAAACAGCAGACACUGGCUUUGUCCCGAACCCCAGGAUGAAGAAAACCUUCAUGGCUGUGGCUUUGGAUUUACCGGAUGGAACUUCACCCUACGGCACGAUCCAUCCACGAGACAAACAGGAUGUAGCUUACAGACUGACACUGGGGGCCAGGGCAGUGGUUGAUAAUGAAAGGGACGUUCCCUUCCUUGGACCUUUCCCCAGCCAAAUCCUGUCCACUCAAAUGUACGUCUACAUUACCUAUGACCAAACAAUCUCGGUCACGCCGUCCAAAAACAUUUUUGAGAUCUGUUGCUCAGGGAUAUGGGCCCCAUGCGGGCCAGGGUCCCUCUGGUUUCCAGCUCCGAUCAUACAGUGGGGUCCAAACACCAUCCAGUUAUCUACAGCUCUGUGUCAGGUCUCUGAAGUCGCUGCUGUUCGAUAUGCAUGGAAAGACUGGCCUUGUGACUUUAAAGCCUGUCCAGUCUACGGCGACAGUGGGAUUUUGCCUGCGCCUCCUUUUAUUAUCAAUCGCUUUGCGGGCAAAGGAAGCAUUUGGAAAAGCUACUGAGCCAGAAACUGGGAGAUGGUAUUGAAAAAACCAUUUGUUUUUAUGGUUCUUGAAGUUUAGGUAAUUGGAUAGAAGUGUAGUGGGAUUUACCUAAACAUACUGUAAGUUCAAGACAAAAGGUGAAGAGAGUAAAUUACAGCCAUACUGACAGCAAGUAGAAUUUAGAUAAUUUUAGUCUUUUUCACUAAGUCCAUUUUGAUUAGUCACUUUGUGGUUCAAUCAAUUUUCAUUUAACAUGAACAAAUCAGUUUGGGUGAGAAAUUAAUAUACACUAUAUUGCCAAAAAUAUUCGCUCACCUGCCUUGACUCGCAUUUGAACAUAAGUGACAUCCCAUUCCUAAUCAACAGGGUUCAAUAUGAUGUUUGUCCACCCUUUGCAGCUAUAACAGCUUCAACUCUUCUGGGAAGGCUGUCCACAAGGUUUAGGAGUGCGUUUAUGGGAAUUUUUGACCAUUUUUCCAGAAGCGCAUUUGUGAGGUCACACACUGAUGUUGGACGAGAAGGCAUUCAUCACUCCAGAGAAGGCGUCUCCACUGCUCUAGAGUCCAGUGGCGGCGUGCUUUACACUACUGCAUCCCACGCUUUGCAUUGCACUUGGUGAUGUAUGGCUUGGAUGCAGCUGUUCGGCCAUGGAAACCCAUUCCAUGAAGCUCUCUGCUGAAGCACUGUUCUUGAGCUAAUCUGAAGGCCACAUGAAGUUUGAAGGUCUGUAGUGAUUGACUCUGCAGAAAGUUGGCGACCUCUUGGCACUAUGCACCUCAACAUCCGCUGACCCCGCUCCGUCAGUUUACGUGGCCUACCACUUCGUAGCUGAGUUGCUGUCGUUCCCAAACACUUCCACUUUCUUCUAAUACAGCUGACAGUUGACUGUGGAAUAUUUAGGAGCGAGGAAAUGUCACGACUGGAUUUGUUGCACAGGUGGCAUCCUAUCACAGUUCCAUGCUGGAAUUCACUGAGCUCCUGAGAGCGACCCAUUCUUUCACAAAUGUUUGUAAAAGCAGUCUGCAUGCCUAGCUGCUUGAUUUUAUACACCUGUGGAAGUGAUUGGAACACCUGAUUCUGAUUAUUUGGAUGGGUGAGCGAAUACUUUUGGCAAUAUAGUGUAUUUUCUGAGAGUGGGGCAGUCCCAGACCCCAUGAACUACAAAAAAUCUCAGUUCAUACUGUCUGAAUGUCAUGCUUAUCCUGACACGCAUUCAACGUUGUUUUCACAAGUCAGUCAGAAAGUAAUAUCCAUUUGUUCACUCUUGUCUUACCAGAAUGAAAGACCUUUAGACCAAUGCCUCUAUGUUUGUCUUAGGUUGAACUCAUCAGCAUUUGUAUAGUUUUUCAAAAGAUCAUUCUGUCUUUAAAAACUCUAAAAAUGAAGCAAAAAAUAUUCCAUGCAGUCAGUAAUGUCUUCAAUUUGAUGUGUGGGCAUAUCUGCUGUGGUGCACAAACCAAAUUUCCCUAUUGUAUUGAUAAAGUAUCUGUACAAUUUUGAUGUGAUAAUUGUUUCUCUUAUAUACAAUAUAUGCUGGUGCAACCACUGCUGGACUGUG